UCUGAAGCUCCCCCUGCUUGUGCUUUUUCUCUGUCAAAUAAAUAAAUGUCUUAAAAAAAUUAUGUACUCUUUAAGGACCAGGAAUGUUAGUCAUCUUUGGAUUCGACAGCAUCUAGCACCAGGUCUUGUACGGGGUAGGUGCUCAGUAAGUAAAUGGUUGAUGAAUGAGUAUAUGAAAGGAAGGAACAGAUCUCUGGGGCAAGUGUAGUGAGUCCUGUUCUGCCAGGUGCCUCCUUAGCUCCCACUUUUCUUAUUCCUGGGGUUUGUGUCAUUGGAUGAUAAGGAUAGCAGUGAACUUGCGUUGAGGGCUUGCUAUGUGCCAGGCACAGUACUAAACACUUUUCCUGUGUUAAGUUAGUUAAUUCUCACAGCCCUUUGAGGUAGGUACUAUUUUUUUCCACAUUUUUAUUUAAAUUCGAGUUAGUUAAUAACAUAUGGUGUAUUAUUGAUUUCAGGAGUAGACUUCAGUUCUCAUUUGGACUUCCAUACACCACCCAGUGCUCCUCACAGCAGGCGCCCUCCUUACUGCCUGUCCCCUGUCUAGCCCAUCCCCGGCCCACUGCCCUCCAGGGAGGUGCUAUUUUUAGAUCCUAUGUUAGAGAUGAGGAGGCAGAUUUUAGAGAGGCUGAGCUCUCAAAGACAAGAAUAGGUGGAACUGGGUUGAUGUUCCAUAGCCUCUGUGAGGAGCUAGGAUCAUCUCUGGAUGGGCAGCUUGGGAACACUAGGCCCUCCUCUCCUUCCUCCCUGCAUAGCAGGGUUGAGGCAGAAGAAUGGACACAAGGAUCUGGUAUGAAGACUGUGGGAUGGACGGUGGUGCCCCUCUCCCCAUCCUUCUUGGCUUGAGGGGCGUAUGGUUUGCAUUGCCCGCCACCAGAGGGAGCAGAGGCAGGGCAGCCCAGUGGGUGAGGCCUUCCGGCGGUUGUCACUGCCAGGGUCUGGUGUCCAUUACUCCAGAGGGACAUUUAGGCUGAGACAACCUCCCUACUACACACCAAAAAAGGGUCCUAGGUUGAGACCUUCCAUCUAAGUGCCCUCAGACUGAGAGACCCUACAGGGACCCCCAGGCUGCAACUCUUUGAGGGGUCAUUUGGCUGAAGACAUUCCAGAGGGGAUCUCACAGGGGGCUUCCCCACAGCGAGAGACUCUAGGAGGGUCCCCCAGACUGAGACUCCUCAGUGGGAUCCAAGUUUGAGGCACUCUUGGAGAAACCCUCAGAUUGAGCCCCUCAGGGGGUCCCCAGAUUGAGACCCUCUGAGGAACAGGGAUGAUGAGACACUGUUGGGAGGGCCUUUUCAUGGAGACACUUCUAGCAGUACAGGGGAGCCCUAGAAGGAGACACAGGGACGGGCUGGGAGGGGCGUGGGAGACAUGCUCCUGACCUCAGAGUUCAGGCUUUGGGCCCCCCCCCGCCCCUCCUUGCCUUGACCCACACUAACUCGCCUGCCCUUCUCCCUUCCCCCUCCGCAUCAGGUGAGGAGGUCCACUGGGGUCAUUCCAGGCUUCCUGGGAUGUCACCCUGGGCACUGGAUUGGGGUGGGGGGGCGGUUAGGGAAGGCAUGGCUUUCUGAGGGAGGGAGAAGCAGGCAGCCCAACCUGUUUGGAGGGGUAGUUAACUGCCAGGUAACCCAUCUGGGUCUCUCUCACACAUGUGCGUGCUGGCCGAGGGGAGCUGAAGGGGAGUCGGGACAACACUCAGUUGGGCCCCCUCUACCAGGCUGCCCUUCUGUGGCCCCUUCCCCACCUCUCAACCGUGGGGACUGCAGCUAUGAGUGUCACCACCCAAACUGGCCCCGGUGGGAGGAGUAUGAGUACGUGUGUGUGACAUGGCAGAGUACAGAGUGGUCCCCGGGGACCUCUCUCAAUUCACAUGUCCCUCAUUCCCUCUGGACCACAAGCCCUGCCUCGAUCAGCCUCUGAUUCUCCUUCUGAAAGCCCCUCCACUUCCCUGCCCUACAGUUCUUCCAGGAUUUUCCUCCCGGGCUUGACCCCGCAGUGUUGCCAAGCCCCCACUCUUCCCUUCCCUUUCUCGGGCCUUGACUCUGCCUGCUGGUCUGGGGCCAGGGGCAAUCCAGACCCAGCCCUUCAUGGUCCCCUCCAGUGGCAGGGUGGGCGGGCUCUUGGAGCUCUGGCCAAUGGAGGGUGGGGCCCACGCCCCUGGCUCACAGCCCAGACGACAGUAAGAGCAGGGGAGGCUUCGGGAGGAGGCCCAGCCCCCUGCCUUCCCUCCCUGCCCCCAGGUAUAAGAGCUGAGCUCAGGUGCGCCAACUCCUCGCGUCCUGUCUCAGCAGCUCCCAGCAGGCAGAUCAUGAGCCAUCGGCUCCCCUGGAGCCAGCUGUAGGACAACACAACUCUCACCAGGACAAGCGCACCGGGCACCAUGGGACAGUGUCGGUCAGCCAAUGCUGAGGAUGCGCAGGAAUUCAGCAAUGUGGAGAGGGCCAUUGAGACCCUCAUCAAGAACUUCCACCAGUACUCUGUGGAGGGUGGGAAGGAGACGCUGACCGCCUCCGAACUACAGGACCUGGUCACCCAGCAGCUGCCCCACCUCAUGCCGAGCAACUGUGGGCUGGAAGAGAAAAUUGCCAACUUGGGCAGCUGUAACGAUUCUAAACUGGAGUUUGGGAGUUUCUGGGAGCUGAUUGGAGAAGCAGCCAGGAGUGUGAAGCUGGAGAGCCCUGUCCGGGGCAGCUGAGAAACUUUUCCUGGAAUUCUUGAGGGGAUGUUGGGGUCUAGAAAUAAAAGUCCUCUCCACCUGCAC